AUGCCGCAGUCAUCACCCACGCUACUCACUCCUUACGGAUAUUCAUCUGGAACUUGCGGAUACUGUUCACCCGCCGGGAAGAGGAGUCAAAGGUCUACUUCCUCGAAAUAUGGGAUGGUUGCUGAGCAGAUGACACCUGAGUUCUAUCAAAUGUUGAUUGAUAGAGGAUGGAGGAGAUCAGGUGAUUACUUAUAUCACCCAGAUAUGGCCCGAACAUGUUGUCCACAAUAUACGAUCCGUCUGAGCUCGACAAACUUCAAGGGGAACAAGAAACAUCGUCAGGUUGUCAAUCGCUUCAAUAGAUUUCUAGAGACGGGUCAAAAACCUGGAGAAGCGGAAUCGUCCACAACGAUGAAUGUGGAGGAUAAAGCCCAAGCUGUCAAAGGCAAAGGCAAAGGCAAAGGCAAGGGGAAGGGGAAGAGUAAUGAGAGUUUGAAAAGGGACUUGUCAGAUGAUCUACAUCAAUACGAAAUUGGAUAUAUGCAAAGAGAUGAGGAAGAGAUGUUAGCCCAUAGGUUUGAGACCAGAUUGGUGCCCGCUAAAGCAACAUCUGAAACUUUCGAGCUGUACAAAUCAUAUCAAGUGGCUGUACAUAAGGAUAAACCUGAAAAGGUUACGAUGAGAGGAUUCGACAGGUUCCUAUGUGGGAAAACAUUGAUCGAUACGCCUAUCAAGUAUAUCGAUGAUGUCGAAAGAGAAAUUAGGAAUGGACAAUUACCUAAAACCUACGGACAAUACCAUCUACUCUAUAAAGUCGAUUCUCAACUCAUAGGCAUAUCUGUGAUCGACAUUUUACCAAACUGCGUCAGUAGUGUUUACUUCAUUUGGCAUCCCGAUUGGGCGUGGGCGAGUUUAGGUAAAUUGUCGGCAUUGUAUGAGAUCUCGCUAGCUGGGAGGAUAAGGGAGAAAGGUAUAAAAGGGAUGGAAUGGGUCUAUAUGGGCUACUGGAUACCGGAUUGUCAAAAGAUGAAAUAUAAGUCUGAAUAUACACCCUCCGAAUUACUUGAUCCUGGAACGAACACCUUCCAUCCUCUCGAUAAAACACUGGAAACGUUCCUUGUACGGAAUCCAAAAGGCUAUUUCCCAUUUACGAAGGUCACUUCUUCACAAUCGACGUUGGAUGAUGAUGGACGUGAUGCGAAAGAGUCGACCGGUCCCGAUAAAGACAUGAUUGGUCCUUCGGAUAACCCGGAAGAAGAAUCAGAAGAAGAAUCAGAAGAAGAAUCAGACGAAGAAUCGCCUUCGACAAUCCCAAACCCUCCUCCACCAGGGUUCGAAGAUGUGUCCAGGAUUACGGAUGAAGAUAUUGAAGAUGUUUUGUUGUUAUUGGGGAGAAAUAAGUAUACGAAAAGUGGUGGGAAGUUAAUCCCCAUUAGUAAUCUUGAAUUCAGGAAUCAACAAGCGAUGUACACAGAAAUUAAAGAGUUCUUAUCUGCCGUAGGGAAAGAUAAUGUGGUUAGUACUUCAGGGGAGAUAAGUGGUAAAGCGGUUUUGUACUUAGGUUAA